AUGCUGAUGAGAACAAAAUGCCCCUUUCUACGACUGCCGGAUCGCAGAGCGCGUAAACUUCGGAUCGUAACUGCUCACGCUCCUACGGAAACCGCUGAGGACAACAGUAAGGACGCCUUCUAUGAUGAACUCAAUGCGUUGAUGUCUAAAAUACCAAGCCAACAGGAGGUCAUUGUCGGAGUCGACGCAAAUGCAAAGAUGGGACUUCAACAGCAAUCCGAUGUGCUAGGAAAAUGGUAUUAUCCAGCGGAGCGCACGUCGGACAACGGUGACCGUUUGGUCGACUUGUCCGAACAGACAGGCCUCAUCAUCGCUUCCACGUUUAAGAGGAAUCAUCGACGCCAUCAGCUCACGUGGCAGCGCAAGCGGAAGUUAUCCGAAAAUCUAGAGCUGUUUGGGAAGUCGCGUUCGACUCUGACCACCGUCCAGUUCUCCUCAGCUUCAAGGUUUCACAAGAGAAACCGAGGAGUUCAUCUCCAACCGAAAAUCGACAUGACAAGUCUGAAAGACGUAGAAUGCAGAACAAAAUUCCGCCAACGUGCAUCUAUUCAUGUUGGAGUACGGACCAGGAAGAAGCCUAGCGAUGCGGAUCCCUUCACAAAGUGCAACCAGGACGCUGCAAAGGAAACGCUCCCGGUUCUAUUGCCGCAGAAAAAGUUUGCCUUUGCAUCUGCGGAAACAAAAUCCACGUACAAUUCUGUAUAUGUCGUGCGCAGCGCUGGUGACUUCAACCAGGAAAAGCGUCUUAGAAGGAAGCUGCGUCGUCAAUUCCAACAAGACCGCGAUAACGAGUGGACGUCAAGGGCAAUGGAGUUUGAGAAAGCGUGGGAGGACAGGAACCCGCGGAAAGUCUAUGCUCUACUAAAACAGUAA